CAAAUACAAGAAGACCAAAUAGACACUGCACUUGAAUCGGAGUUGUCUAAAGAUUCUACCAUUGGUGCCUCUUCAAAUCCAUGUCUUUUCCACCUCAAAAGCUUCAAUUUACUCUGAGUUGAGCAACGACUGUUUUUGAUUUGCAUUUGAAGAUCAAGAUCAUCAGAAAUCUUCUGCUUUUCCAUUUUUCUUUUCUUGUUUUCUUGAAUGUGUCGGCAGGAUAAGUUGGUGAACUUAACUGUUUUAUGGGUUUUUGAUUCUGUGUAAUUCAUCUCAUGGAGGUUAGAUCUGAGCUCCGAAAACAUUCACGAAGUGGAACUCGGAAAUGGGUUAUCCUGGUUGGGAUUGUGGCUUUUACUCAUGUUUUGUUGUUACUUUCAUAUGGUGACGCCUUGAGAUAUCUGUUGCCUGAUGGUAGAAGACUGAAACUUCCCAAUGAGAGCAAUAAGAUGAUGAAUCCGUCACGAAACACACUUGCGGUCAGCGUUUCUGAGGAUUCUGUCUUGGAGAAAAAUGGGAAUGUUUCAGGUUUUGGUCUAAGGAAUGAGACAGAGGAUGAUGAAGGGUUUGAUGAAACUGUUGAUUUUGAGAGCUUUGAAGAUGCAAAAGAUAGUGUCAGUGUCAUUAAACAAGUUGUUGAAAGUAGUGUAAAGCAAAGUCCGGAAGUUUCAACUAGUAAGUAUGGAUAUCAAGUGCAAAAUGUGUCGGUUGAAAGCCAGAAGAAGGUGAAGGGGUCUAUGUUAAGUGCUAGUUCAUCUAUAGCUGGUCCUGCUUCCUCGGUGGGGAAGCUACCUGUUUCUGGAAAUAGUGCCUUGCUAGUUUCUAAGCAAGUUAGGAAGAAGAAGAAGAUGCAGUGUAAUCUUCCACCAAAAACUGUGACAACAAUCGAGGAGAUGAAUCGGAUUUUAGCAAGGCAUCGUAGAACUUCACGAGCAAUGCGACCGCGUUGGUCUUCUAUGAGAGAUGCAGAGAUAUUAGCUGCAAGGAAGGAGAUAGAGAAUGCUCCUGUUGCAAAACUUGAACGGGAACUCCAGUAAUGUUUCCAUGUUUAAGAGGAGUUACGAACUUAUGGAACGGAUGCUCAAAGUUUAUGUAUAUAAGGAAGGAAGCUGCCCCAUUUUCCAUACUCCAAUACUCAAGGGAUUGUAUGCAUCAGAAGGAUGGUUCAUGAAGUUGAUGGAAGAAAACAAGCAGUACACUGUAAAGGACCCCAGAAGGGCUCACUUGUACUAUAUGCCAUUUAGUGCACGGAUGCUAGAAUUCAAGCUUUAUGUGCGUAACUCUCACAACCGCACAAACCUACGCCAGUUUCUUAAGGAAUACACUGAGCACAUCAGUGCCAAGUACCCUUUCUUCAAUAGAACCGAUGGGGCUGAUCAUUUUCUUGUUGCUUGUCAUGAUUGGGCACCAUAUGAGACAAGGCACCACAUGGAGCAUUGCAUCAAAGCUCUAUGCAAUGCAGAUGUAACUGCAGGCUUCA